AUGGAUCAACUCCUCUCUCCAGUUCGCACGACGUACUUGCGAGCAAAGACCAACCAAGCAUCGCCCGCUGCAGCUGCCACUGCUUCUCCGCCUCCCCAAAUCAGCUCCGCCGAUGAUGUCUUGUCGGUUCUCAAAGGCCAGCCCGACCAUGACUCGCUGGUCGCAGUUCUUCGCUUUUUGACCGACCGUCGCGGCCAGCGCGGGUUUGACAUUCACAUCCCCAGCCCCAGGAGCGCGGCCAUCGUCAGCGUGCUGGUCAACGAAACCGUCCCCAACUACUGGCCCGUGCUAAAGGGGCCAUCUUUGGUGGAGGAGGAGCAAGAACCCGCGUCUGCUUUGCCCAGAAGCCCCGAUGCGCGCCGUCUCGUCGCCUGCCUGCAGAGUGUCGCCGGUAUCAACGCGCUACUCUCACGCAUCAGAGCUGAUGUACAGGAGUCAAGGCUGGGCGAACAGCAUGUCAAACGGCCAGGCCCGAAUCUGCACCUCGGCGUUUUCCUGGAUUUUCUGGCUGCCGUGUUGGACGGAGAUGGCUCGCUUCGGCGUUUGUGGCAGUCAUCAACAGCUCGUGACGCGCGCGCUACAUCAAACAACAACAAUAAGUUUCAAUCGCAAAGUCUCAUCGCCCUGAUCACGGGUGGCCGAGUCAUAUCGACUACCGCAGAGGCACUGGUGGUUGCUGGAGGACAAGAUGCUGUUCCUGCCCGCGCGCGCUGGCUGACUGCCGGCGUCGAGUUCAGCAGAUGGAUAGGGAGGAAUGUUGCUACAUGGGCAAAACUUCAGCCUGACGACGUUUCCGAGCUUGAUUUCUGCUCAGACAUCUUUCACCGUUCACUGUCACUGGGAUAUGCUGAAACCGUCGUGACCAUCGCCAUAGAUGAGCUUCUGCUAUCCAAACAGGUACUACAACGAGCCUUAUUCGCAGAGGUCUGUCUCCGUCAACCUCAGGCGUCUAAAAAAGUAAUGGCCAUCCUUCUCGAGUACCUGGCCCGCAGAUUCCUGAGCGGGCUGCAACCUGAAAAUUUGGAGCCCGACGCGAGAGUAUCCGCUGCGGCAGGCCUCAUAAGCGACGUGCUGCGAAAUGACGCGGGCCGGAUAUCUCAUCUUGUGAGUUGGUGCACCAGCCCAUCCGGCGCCGGGUUGGGCGAUGCGAUAGGAAUAAGGCGUGCCGUCGUUGCAGUAUUGGCAAGGGACAAAGAAACGGUAGCUUCAGUCCUAGACCAGAGUUUGAGCCAGUUCGGGGACCAGCUCUACAUCAAGCAUGCUGCCAUCCUGCAGCAGGAAGCCCAUGCCCAGGUGCUCCUUCUCAGUGCUGGCUAUGUCGCCAAGUUGGCUCCCCUCAAGCUGAACAUGACUCUCCGUUCAGCAAGCUAUCUAACGACAAUAUCGAACCGAAUCGCCUCCACUCAUGCCAGAGCUCGUUUUCUCGGCAUGUGCGUAGGGGAGGCUUUGUCAGCUUUGGUCGACAAGCCAGCCACAAAACUCGACUUCAACAUGGACGAAUCGAAUGUCGAGGAAGCUCAAUGGUUCAAGGCGUUGACCAAGACGUCCGACGAGGUGGGACCGGCUGAAGCGCUCCUCCUCUCUAGUCCUCCAGAAACCCCAGCAGAAGAGACACCCAAACUACGUCAGAUUGCCAAAACAACGACAAAAUCCACGGCCAGGCAGCACAAACCUGCGGCUGUCAAGCACGCCCAAAGAGCAAUCAUUGAAGAAAUCGAUUCGUCCGACAAUGACGAGGAGGAUGACGACUUCCCCGUCAUUGACAAGGCGUCAGAUAGGGAGGAUUCUGACGAUGACGCGACCCUGGUUCGAAGGGACAGGCCAAAGCCCCCGGUUUAUGUCCGCGACCUCAUCACAUUCCUACGGGACUCGGAGUCCUACGAUAAACAGGCUCUUGGACUUCGGACAGCGCCGGUCCUCAUACGCCGAAAAGCCAACUACGGUAGCGAAGUCAGCUCCCAUGCCGAAGAGCUUGCUCGGGCCCUCAUGGGCGUCCAGAAUAAAUUCGACAUUGAAAACUUUGACGACUUGCACCUUGAAAGCAUGGUUGCCCUCGUCGUGGCGCAGCCCAAGCCUAUGGCGCCGUGGUUCGCCCGGACCUUUUUCGAAGGCGACUACUCCCUCUCGCAAAGAACUGCUGUACUGGUCACACUCGGCAUCUCAGCCAGGCAGCUUGCCGGGAUCGAGACCUCGGAGUACCAAUCGAUAUCAAACUUUCCUUCCAAGAGACUCCCCGAGAAGAUUGAGCAGCUCUAUCUGGACGGAUCGCCCGAAACUAGGAAGGACUCGCAGCUCAAGGCGCUCCCGCCCAAUGCUCUGGACAGCAUCACCCAGUCUCUCACUGCUUCGUUCCUGGGGCCACUAGCCGCGGAGGCAGCUGACGCCAACAGCGGCCCGGACGCCUUGAAACUGCAAACCUUCGCGGCGCGGUACAAGUCGAAACUCAAGGGCGCGAGACCUCGAAUACGCGCCAUUGCAAACUCGACGGCUGCCCUCCUGGCGACCUGCUUCUUCUUCCCUCUCACAGCGCACUUCCAGUUCGCGCUCCGGUCGUCCAAGCCUGUUGUUCUGAACCCAGCCAUGCUUGCGUUGUAUCUCCAGACCCUGGGCGUCGUAGUCAAUGCUGCCGGCCCAUCGACGCUGUCGUUACCCCAGAUCACAGCCGAGCUGCUGGACCUGCUCCUUCGCGUAAGGGUCCACGUGCUGGGGGACAUUGGCGCCCUAAAAGGGUGGCUUGUUGCCAUGUCGGUCUUGCUGGAAGUAAAUGAGGAAAACGCGCGCAGGCUGUGCCAAGAGCAGGGGCGUGAGGUGGUGGAAUCGAGAGACUGGGUUUCUGGCGUCUUUGAACGAAUACGAGGCGAAGAUGGUGGCGAAGAAAACGACGUCAAGAUGCUAGCCGCCGGCGUUCUCAUCAAGCUGGGUGACAUGAUUGAGAGGUCCCAGGCUCUGUUGCUCGGGGACUUGAUUGGAUUCAACUAG